GGUUAUCGUACUUGCAUUUUAACUUCCGCUUAGAAACUAUGUAAACUUUCACUUUGUUGAAAAGUUAUAAUAUCUUAAAACAGGACGAAGUCCUGUAUGAACGAAGCAGAAUUGAAUAAUAUGACAUAGCAAAACAAUGGCAAGAGGAUUAAGCCCAGAAUUUGUAGAAAACAGAAUCCACACAUUGACUCAUGUUCCAGUGGAAUGGAAUGUCGACUUGCGAGAUAAAUACUAUGAACUGGACUUGAAGAUGAGUCAGAUGAAAAUGCUAGUCUUUGGUUUCCAAUGGGGAGAUGAAAGUGGACCAUUGCCAAGACUAGCAAACAUCACAGACACACCAUCAAGAAUUCUCAAGUUGGAUCUGUCUUUAAAUGAACUUAUUGCAUUAGAACAUGAAGGACUGCUACCAUUUAAACAAGUAAGGGAAUUGAAUGCAUCCCUCAACAGAAUUAACAAAUUUAUUGGCAUAGAAGUGUUGAAGAAUUUAUAUUCCUUGGACUUAUCUCAUAACUCAAUAAACAAAAUAGAGAAUUUAGUUGGACUAUCCUCAUUAGUCAUUUUGAAUUUAAGUAUGAAUGAAUUAGAAGAUAUUUCAUAUAUGCCAAGCAUGGUCAGUUUGAAAGUACUGAAUCUUAACAAUAAUCAUUUGAAAUCUUUAGAUGGUGUCCAGGCUUUGCCUAAAUUAACAGAAUUAUCUGUACAGAGAAAUAAUAUCACAAAUAUACUUCCUUUAACCAGCUGCUUUCACUUACAAAUACUAAAUGCAGCAUCAAACAAAGUGAACUCUCUCCAUACAACAGUUGGUGUGCUUACUGAACUCAAAAGAUUAGAGGUCAUAGCUUUUCAUGGAAAUCCAAUUGAAAGAGAGAAAAACUACCAAACAGAUAUUUUACGCAGUUCUAAUGUAAUGACUUUGGAUAAUAUAUCAGUCAGACCUUUACCUAAAGAAAAUUUACCAAGUUAUGAUGCUGGUAGUGGCAGACAUAUACAGAAUAUAGAAACAUUAAAAGAUGCAGCAAAACAGGCUUUCCAAGAGAGAAUGAAAGAGUCAAAAGGGAGGAUGGAAGAAAAUGUUAAUUUUCUACAGAGACGAAUAAUAGAUUUACAGAAUGAGUAUGUUGAUUAUGAAAAUAAACUGAAAACAGAUUUAGAUGCAUGUGUAAGGUAUUUGGAUUCGCUCACAGCAUCAGAAGUAGGUGGAGUGGACCAUGAUCAACUUAGAGGAGCAAUAGGCACACCCAAUUCUAAACCUUGGCAUAGGAGAAAGGAAGGAAAACCAGAUUAUGGAGGAAUCAAAGACACAGACGAGUUACUUAAAGCUACACAGAAGGAACUUUUAAGACAGACUCCUGGCAUGUAAAAAUGUAAUACAUUCCUGCAAUACUUGUAUGCAGUAUCUGUUGAACUGUGUUCAUUAUUUUCUAAAGGAGAUUGAUGUUUUUCAGAUUCUGUUUUCAUGAAUGUUAAGACAAGAGAACACUUUUAUUUAUACUUGUCAUAAGCAUUGUUACUAUGCAAUAAAGUUUAUUGCUACUUUGUUUUGACUAUUAAUGUUUCACUCCACCUAUUGAAGUUUUUGACACAGUUUCAAUAUGUUUCAUCAAAUCAAGCUGUGUAACUAGUUACUAGCUGUACUGUUUGAAUUUGAUAUAACAAAUUGCAGUUGGGUCAGAAGUUUCCAAUAUGAUGAGUGUAAAACUAACAGUCAAGUCACAGUAAUUAACCAAAUUAUUAAUGCAGUACAAAUAUCCCAAAUAUCUCCUUAAUCACAAAUAAUCAAGUAUUCAAAACUCUCAAAAGUUAUGAGAGUCUUCAAAUGUGAAUUUGAAUUCUUUUUUUUAUAUUUUAUGAUUUAUUGAUGUAUGUUUGUCUGUCCUUCUGUCUAUGCUUCCAUCAGUCUGUCCCAUAAAAUUGUCUCAGGAACUGCAAAUCAGAGCUUCAUGAAAUUUUGAAGCAAGCCUUAUGAGCAUGCUACAUGCUAUGCAGUUUGAUGCCAUUUCAAAUUCAUCUUUUAUCAACUUCCUGUUUGCCAAACACUUAUAUAUUGUUACUCAUAAUUGCCAUGUAUCAAAUGUUCGUCACAUUUUUCUCAAGAACUACAGGACUUUCUGAAAUAUGGAAUCAAGCUUCUUGUGAGCAUCCUCUAACACGGGAAUAAACACAGCACAAAGGAGAAAAUUAAAAAUAAAUCACAUGGAGAAAGUAUGAAUACCUGUCUUUGAAUGUAAUGGUUCAUUUAAACUUGUGAAUUAAAAAAAAAAUGGAAAGUGUUCAUUAAAUCUAUGUCAAAUUAUUUUGAUCAAAUAAUUUUUAAAGGACAAUGGUCUCAGUUUUACCAUACAUUCCAUUUAUUUUGUUAUUAACAGUAUAUAUAAUAUAUUUCUUUAUUACUCUAGUUGUUAAAUGUCUUCCAUUUACUGCCCAGAUCAAUAGGUGAUAUGUAUUCUAGUAGAUGACUCUAUCUUAAAUAGAACCAAUCUUAAUUGAGUCAAAUUUGCAUUAAAACUGUUAUAUUAUUGGUUAUUAUUUUUUUUCCUAAUUUAUUUAUUCAUACUGCCCUUAUAUAUUUUGGCAAAGCUUUGUUAUAUAUUUAAGGCUAUGUUAGAUCUGUGUUAGUGAUGAUUUUUUUAUUGGUUUAAUUGGAUACUUUUAAUGUAUUACUGUAUGGCAGGAUCUAUCAAAACCUGUUUCUGUUUUUAAAUUUUUGUUUUAUUUAUCAGCUGCAAAAUUUAUUUAGAUAUUUUGACUUAUAAAAUUUGUUUUCAACUCUUCAUUGGUCAAAAUUAUUAUGAUGUCAAAUAUCCUUUCUGUUUUCUGAUUAUGUCUUUCUUUAUAAAACAAUAAUAGAGAUUUUAAAAUUCAAUAUUUUCAUGCCAAAGAAUAGCAAUGAGAAGUCUAUAGGACAAAUAGUUUAUUUUCAUAACCUUAUAUGGUUAUAACUGAGAUGAGUGUUGAAUAUACUGUAAUAUUGAAACCAUAUCACUAAUAAUAAAAUUAACCUCACCUUUUA